UACGUUAGGUCGACCACAAGCUGCGCCAAUCGAAGCCGUCGCAGCCGGUGAACAGCGCAAUGCCAGUAUUCCGGACGUUUUUUUCAAACGAAAAAAGAACGACAUCGAAGAUAAAAGUUUGUCGAUUGACGAGUGACGACCGCAACACUCGGACUUUUGUACUUCAUUGCGAUUGUAAUUUUCGUAGUCGUUGCCACAAAACCGUGUUUGUCCAAAAAUUAUUGUUUUAAUUAAUUAACCUUUUGUUUUUGUCGUUUUAUUUUUACACACUACCUACUCGACAUUACUUUUAUAAAUUUAAAUAAUUUAAUAAUUUAAUCGAACCUCAUAACUCUGUAAUCGUCGGCCGUCUCUAGCUUUUAUUCCCUCAGACUGACGUGCAUUGUUUCCAUCAGAAUAUAACAAUAUGUGGAAUGACGGUUACCAUCAUCACAGUUGCAACAGAAACGGUAUCUGUUCAUUCUACAGAAGGAGGCACGUAUACCAGGACUUUCAGUCGAAAAUGAAAUCCGUCGAACAAGGCACGCCGUUACCUAUAAUGCAGAACGGACGUCUAAACGUUUCGACAGACUUGAAUCACGUGCGACCCGCUGCCAUGUUGUCCACGUGCGAUGACCGCCAUCGUGGGACCGCCACUACUCCGGGUAGUCGCGCGCAAUCAACAGAUCUCAGCCGCUUGGCCGUCUUAAGCUAUGAACAGGUGGCCCGACUAAACGAUGUGAUGGACGAGACAGUCAGUAUCCAUGGCCGCGGUAAUUUUCCCACGCUUGAGGUGCGCCUCCGCGACCUGGUGGCGAUGGUGCGCGACCGACUGCGCGCUCAGGCCGGUCCUGAGGACGACGACGUAGCGUUCCCGACCGAACGAUCUGCGGCACCGUCGCCGGGCGCCGACGACACGUGCUUUCAGGUACGGAGCAUUAGACUGAACGGCGGGGCGGCUUCGCAUGUAUUGACCACGGAUACCCAGCCAUACAACGACCUGGACUUGAUAUUCAACAUCAGCCUGACCGGAAACCGGGACUUCGACCGUGUCAAAUCCGCUGUGCUCCGGGCACUGGUUGAUCUGCUGCCGGAAGGCGUCAGUCGCAAGAGGAUGACGCCGUGCAGCAUCAAGGAGGCAUACGUGAGCAAAAUGGUUAAAGUGAACAAGGACGGCGACCGGUGGUCGCUGAUAUCGCUGGGCACGUUGCCGGGCCAGCGAAACGUCGAGCUCAAGUUUGUAGACCGGAUGAAAAGGCCGUUCGAGUUCAGCGUCGAUUCGUUCCAGAUUGUGCUCGACUCGUUGCUGCUGUUUUACGAGUGUUCCAGCGGUGUGCCGAUCAGCGAAAGCUUUUAUCCGACAGUAGUCGGCGAGUCCGUGUACGGUGACUUCCGGGAUGCUAUGUACCACCUGGAGAACAAGCUAAUCGUCACCAGGAACCCGGAAGAGAUUCGGGGCGGCGGACUGCUUAAAUACUGCAACCUGUUGUUACGCAACUACGCGCCUGACUACGACGGUGACGGCACCAAGAAGUUGGAGCGGUAUAUGUGCUCUAGGUUUUUCAUUGACUUCUCCGAUAUACACCAGCAGCGCGCCAAGCUGGAGAACUAUUUGAAAAAUCACUUUUGUGCACCUCAAGAGGAAUACAUGAAGCUCCAGUACCUCAAUGUGCUGAAACAGGUGGUUGAAGAGAGCACAGUGUGUUUGAUGAUACACGAGAGGCAUCAGACGCUGUCGCUGAUCGCAGAACUAUCGUGGCGGCUAAUGGCCGGUCAGGGCAUGUACUACUAUUACCAUCCACAGCCGCAGCUGACCAUGUCCAUAGGACACCACAGCCAAUUGCCGGCACAACUACAUUGCCCUUCAUAAGUGUGUUUGAAUUUGAUUUUUUUAAAUUUUAUUAUUACUAUUAUUAUUAUUUUUUUUUUUUAGAAAAAUGAUACGUUUAACAAUUUAACAACAAAAUGUUCAUCAUAUUAUGUUAUUUUAUGUAUACAUGAUCUCUAAAAAAACAAGUCUCUCACACUCUGCCCCGUUCGCCUGUCCCCUCCAUCACAACAAUUUUUUAUUUGACACCCGCGUAACGGCGCCGACCCAGUGAACAAAUUUUCACGUUUGUAUAUUGUCCGUACGACUUAAAACGAUUAAUCUUUGAACGUCUAUUAAUUUAUUUAAAUUGUUGUCCAAUAUAUUUUAAUAACGUGUUUGAGUGUUAGGUACGUUUUCCGUGUAUAAAAAUGUAUUAGACUUUAUGAAGUUGAACAAAAAAAAAAAAAAAAUGUAUACUUUCGUUACGUACUUAAUUGGCCACAAUUUUUUUUGCGUUUUGGCAUACACCGUUGACUAUUGCAUAUUAUAUAUACCAUAUGAACCAAAAGAGUAGGGAAUACAUUCUGCAGUAUAUAGAGCGGAACGGUCAACAAAUGAAACACCAAAUUUAUUAUUGUGUUAUUAUUUUUUUCUAAUUCAAUAUUUAGUUUAAAAACAAAAUAAUAUUAAUAUAUGUAUCCAUAAUUCAGCAAUAAAUUAGACGGUUAAUAAUAUUGUAUGCAUUUUAUCGCAAACGUCUUAUAAUAAUUGAGUAAAAUUCGAUCAGGAAAUUCUUUCAUAAAUGUAUUUAUAUUAUUUAUAGGCUAAGAAAAAACGUUUUGGGCCCGAGUAUGAGAGACUUAUUCUUAUUAUUUUCUUUUUAAUAUAUUUGUAUAUAUAAUAUACAUACAUACAAACAAACACACAAAACACGCGCAUACUUCAUGCAAUUACAAAUUUUUUUUUUGUUUUACUCAAGAUUGGAAAUAUAAUAUAUCACGCGUUCAUGAUUAUAUCUCAACCGGUGAGAGAUCGUGCGUGUUGCGGGGAAAAAAUUAUACUGAAAAAUAUAUAUAUAUGAUAUGAACUCUAGUAUACUGCGCAGAAGUUUUUAAAUCGUAUAAUAAUAUAUCAUUCUUGUAUAAUAUUAUUUAUCGUCUCCCUUACAAAUAUUGUGUGUGAAGUUAAUCUUUUUUUAUUAAUUAAACUUUCCCUCUUUCUCAAAAAAAAAAAAAAAAAUUAAAAUAAAAAAAACCAAAA